AUGACAAACACACGGUUCGAGAUUAUUAUUAUUUACAAAUUUGUUUUCGUCACGUUGAAGUUGCCUGAAGAUUCGGAGAAUAGGAAACACAUUGAGAAAAGCUUACCAACACUCACAACACCUACUACACCAUGCAAGGAAGACCAUCUCCUUCAUAAAUCUUCGGAACAAGUAUCCCAACAGACGGUAUUUACUCGCGAAGCAGAUGUGGAAGGCUGGGUUUUUCUCGCGGAGGAACGACAUUCACAGCCAGGCUCAAAGACACGCAGCUACGCCGAUGUAGUUGCAGGUAGAACAUAA